UUUGCUCUCAAGAAUUGUAGCAGAAAGAACAGUUGAGCAUGAAAAAGAGCUUAUGGAACAGAAGAACCAGAGAAUAAAUGAGUUGAUGCAGCUUGUGGGAUCAUUUGAAGAUAAAUUUAAUAACUCGUUAAUUUCUUUCUCUUCAGAGCUCGCCAAGAAACAGGCAGAGAUUAAUCUGACACAUAAAGCGUGGGAGAAAAUAACUGCUGCCCAGAUUAUGGCUGCACUAGAAAUUGAAGAGAAGAAGCUUAUGAUUGCUGAACUUGAGGAUGACAUCCAUAAUGUAAAGCAGAAACUGGAACUGCAGCAAAACUCCAUGUGUGUUUUGAAGAGGCAAGCAGUUGAAGUUGAAGCAGAAUUGGAGGCAAAAGAGUUGGAAAUGAAGAAUUUGGGGUUUCAAUUCAAGACAAAGCUGAAAGAGUCAGAUGCUUUGAUUGAAGAGCUCAAGAGUGAGAGAAGAAACUUACUUGAAGAUGUCACUAAGUUAUCAUCAGAAAGAGAAAACUUGUUGGGAUUGGUUGAGGGGUUGAGUGACAAGAUUAGUGAGAUCUCCAGUUCAGACAAACAACUAAUGGAUCUGUUACAGACAACAAUGCCCUCUACUGAGGAUGAACACUCUAGCUAUCUGAGUGAGAAUGUGAAUAGUCCCAUUGCAGUGAAGAAACUUGAAGCAAAUUCUGACAUAAGAUCCCCAUUUAGAGAAAUCAACAACUAGAAAUAUCUAUCUUGCUCAUGGAUAAAGGAAUGUUGCUGAUCUUGUAGUGUAGUAAAAGUAUGGAUUCUUGUAAUUUCUUCUUUCCCACUACUUUAGCUAGCUUGUGUGUGACUGACUCAUGCUAGUGCAAGUUUUUUGUUCUUACCACAAAUGCAUCUUGGU